CAGAAGCUGUCGCUGAAGUAACAGCUUAGAGAACCAAGCAGCCCAGAAACCCAGGCGUGGAGUUGAUCCUGCGGGAGAAAGGGGUUCAUCAUGGCGGAUGACCUAAAACGAUUCCUGUAUAAAAAAUUGCCAAGUGUUGAGGGACUCCAUGCUAUUGUUGUGUCAGAUAGAGAUGGCGUGCCUGUCAUUAAAGUGGCCAAUGACAAUGCUCCAGAGCAUGCUUUGAGACCUGGCUUCUUGUCUACUUUUGCCCUUGCAACAGACCAAGGGAGCAAACUUGGACUUUCAAAAAAUAAAAGUAUCAUCUGUUACUAUAACACCUAUCAGGUGGUUCAAUUCAAUCGUUUACCUUUGGUGGUGAGUUUCAUAGCCAGCAGCAAUGCUAAUACAGGACUAAUUGUCAGCCUAGAAAAGGAACUUGCUCCAUUAUUUGAAGAAUUGAGACAAGUUGUGGAAGUUUCUUAAUCUAGCAGUGGUUUCAGUGUAUACCUUAUCUUCAUUAUAUCAGACACCGUAUCAAUCCAGCAAUCUUUGGACACCAACAACACUUGUAUCCAUGUACUCAAGAAAGGGCCUCUUUUUCCACCUUCCGCUAGAGAAAAAGCCAGUAGAUAGAAUUUAUGGACAGAUUGAUUGUUAUCUUUUCUCGUGUAUGGCUUUUUCUUAUUUAAUGAGGUCGGGAUACCACAGAAAUGGUUCAGUCUAUCACAGCUCCUAUGGAGUUAGUCCAGUCACCAAAUACGCGUGAGAUUCUGUUCGGUGGCUCAGAAUCAAUAUGAUACUUUGAUCCACUUGAGCCAUGGAGUGUUCCCUAUUGUACAGUAUGCCAGGCCUGCAGAAUGAAGCAGACUCUUUUUAUUGUGA